AUGAGGUGGAGGCUGUCAAUCGCGAUUUUUCUUAUAUUAACUAUAUCAUUAUGCGAAGCGGGAUUCUUUGAUUCGUUAGUUUCAAAGUUUACAGGAAAAGGAUCAUCAUCCUCUUCGUCAUCAUCAUCGAAUAAUAAUAAUAAUAAUAAUAAUAUUAAUAACAAUAGAAGAAAUCCACCUCCAGUGACCGAAGAAAAAGCCAGGAAAUACCUUCAAAGUUUCGGUUAUGUUCCGCCGUCGAACUCGAUGGGAGCUGGACGAGGUAUGGCCGCCGAUUUUGGAAGCGCCGAGUCGAUUUUUAAAUCGGCCAUCAAAAAGUUUCAAGAAUUCGCCGGAUUGGCGAAAACCGGAAUUCUCGACACCGCGACCAAGGCGAAAAUGGCUCUGGCUCGCUGCGGAGUCACUGAUGCUCCACAAGCGUUAACAGCAGGAAGUGCUUCGCAAUUCAAAUGGUCAAAGACGCGUCUCACCUACUCGAUAGAGAACUUCUCGCCCGAUCUUCCACGAGACAGUGUUCGCCGCGCAAUCGCCGAAGCGUACGGCCUCUGGGCAAAAGUGACACCGUUGACGUUCGAAGAAGUGCCGGCUGGCGGAAACGCCGACAUCAAAGUGCGAUUCGGUGCCAAUAAUCACAACGAUCCUUGGCCGUUCGACGGAAAAGGCGGCGUGUUGGCGCACGCGACGAUGCCCGAAAGCGGAAUGCUUCAUUUUGACGAAGACGAGAAUUGGGCUUACAUGGACACACAAAAGAUCGGAUCCGAUUAUACCGAUUUCUUGUCGGUCGCGAUUCACGAAGGCGGCCACACGUUAGGAUUAGAGCAUUCGAGAGACGAGAACGCGGUUAUGGCGCCAUUCUAUCAGCCAACCGUUGACAAUAGUGGAAGAUACAAUUAUCCAAAUCUCAAAUCGGACGAUAUCUCCGCAAUUCAGGCAAUCUAUGGUCCAAAUCGAGGUGGAUCCAGCUCAGGAGGUGGAUCAUUUUUCACGACUCCAAGAACACCAACGACUACCACCAAGAGCUGGUUCAACAGAUUCUUUGGACACGACGACGAUGACGAGGUUAUGACGACAACAAGAAGGCCGGUGACGAGAACCACUCAGCGAAUGACCACCUAUUGGCCUUCCACCGAAGCGCCGAGAGGAGGAUCAGGAUUCGGAGGGGGCGGAUCAGGAUCGGGAUCAAAUUGCCCUUACUCGAUCGAUGCAUACACGCCAAGCGACUCGUUCUCAUACGCGUUCUCCGGCUCAAGUGUGUAUGUGAUCAGCGGUGUUCGUGUGACGAAGGUGCAACGAAUCAGCGAACUGUUCCCAUCAGCACCAGUUCCCGUUCAAGGCGCUGUGUUCAACACGAACGCCGGUUCGCUGCUUCUUUUUGGAAAUAAUAAGGUUUACAGCUACUAUUAUUCGUGCAUUCGCGGAAUCUACCAACUCGAUAGCGGUUAUCCGAAAUCGCUGCCGUCCGAUCUUGGAUUCCGCGUCAGUGGCGCUCUUCGAUGGAUCAACGGGCAUCAAAUUCUCAUGGGGGACAAUGAGCAGUUCGCCGUAUACGAUGAGUUCUGGAAUCAGGCGACGUUGAAGAAUCGCGUUGCCUCGUACUUCCCGAAUCUGCCACGUGGCGUGAAAGGCAUCGAAUCACCUAGCGGAAUGACGGUGACAGCGUUCACGUCAUCACAAGUGUUCGAAUACAAUUCUAGGCAGAAAACCAUCGGACGGCAAUCAUCAUUGGCGAAUUAUCUCGUUUGCUGA